UAGAGAUGGAAGGUAAAUUAUGUUUCUAAUUAGAAAUCUUUAAAUUGUCACAAAGUAAAUUCUUUAUCGUUAAAUACAAAUCAAAGGCUUAAGCUGACUCUAGUCUAAAUAACAAAGUCAUCUUUAUACAAAGAAAAUUUGAUAAACAAAUUGAUCGUGCUCUGGAUAAGUCCAAAUAGGUGGGAGUAUUUCUGAGUUGUUUGGAUGAAAAAUCAUUCCUAGCCUUUGGAAUUAUACAAACAUAAUCUAAGGAAUUUGAUUACUUAACUGUAUUACCUAAUAUAAACAAAUUAGGAGGAGUAAAAAAUAAAUCUUAGUAACUUGAAAGGAAAUUAAGAAUCAUUUUUCAAAGUUGAUUGGACACUAAAAGGAGUGCUCAGUUAUGAAAAAACGCAAAAUAUCAAAAAUGAUUUGAAUGAAUUAUUGCCGGUUAAUUAAUCUAAGGAAGUUUAAGAAUUGUCUGGAUAAACUGCUGAAAAGGUAUAAAUUUAUUGUAAUUUUAAGCUUCACUCUCUUUUAGGAAUUUAAAAACCUUACAAACCUUAACCAUUGCAGGAUAUUCGAUUACCAUUAUAAUUCCAAUAAAGAUUUCCAAAAAAUAGUGAUGAUUCAAAGACAAAAUAAACAUAAAAAGUUUAAAGCAAAAGUAGAAGUAGAGAUAGAGAUAGAGAUAGAGAGAAAUCAAAUGAAAAGAGAAAAAAAAGCAAAGAUACAAGUGAUGAUAAAGGAAAAGAAUUAGAUAAAAGAAGAUUAGAAUAAAGUCAAAAAAAAGAAAGUUAUAGAAAUAGUUAUGAGAGACAAAAAAAAAGCAGAAGGAGUAGAGAUAGAAGAAAUAGAGAUAGAAGAAGUAGAGAUAGAAGCAGCAGUUAAGAUCGAAAAAAUAGAAGUAGUUAGAAUAAAUGGCAAUUUCAUAAUGAGUUUGUUGAUGAGAGUAUACUAAUACAUAAUAGAUAUAGAAUAAGUACAGACGGAAGUCAAGUUAAAAGAAAAAGACAGAUUGGAAAAAGAAAAACAAAUAAGGGAAUAACGAGAGAGGGAAAGAGCGAAAGAAUAAAGAGAAUAGAGAAAUAGAGAAUAGAUGAAAACAGCUGAUAAUGAUAAAAUAAAUGAAUAAUUAUCAGCUGAUUCUGAAGGAGGAAAAAGAAUUGAAUAUGAAUAAGAUCAAAUCAAAAAAAAAGAUAAAGAAAAAUUAAAAGAGAAAGAAAGGGAAAAAGAAAAGGAUAAAGAAAAAUAAAGAGAAAGGGAGAGAGAGAAAGAGAAAGAUAAAGAAAGAGAAAGAGAGAAAGAGAAAGAAAGAGAGAAAGAGAAAGAAAGAGAAAGGGAAAGGGAAAGGGAAAGGGAAAGGGAAAAAGAGAAAUAAAGAGAAAGGGAAAGGGAAAGGGAAAGAGAAAGAGAAAGAGAAAGAGAAAGAGAAAGGGAAAAAGAAAGGGAAAAGGAAAGGGAAAGGGAAAAAGAAAGGGAAAAGGAAAGAGAAAGAGAAAGAGAAAAGGAAAAAGAAAAAGAGAGAGAAAGGGAGAGAGAGAAAGAAAAGGAAAGAGAAAGAGAGAAAGAGAAAGAAAGAGAAAGGGAAAGGGAAAGAGAAAGGGAAAAAGAGAAAGAGAAAGAAAGAGAAAGAGAGAGAGAGAAAGAAAAGGAAAGAGAGAAAGAGAGAGAGAAAGAAAAAGAAAGAGAAAAAUAUUUAAGAGAAAAAGAAUAAGAAAAAGAAAAAGAAAGGUAAAAACAAAAAUAUAGAGAAAAAGAUAGAUAAAAUGACAAAGAAAAAUAUAGGUAUGAAAAAAAAGAUGAACAUCAUUAAUUUAAAGAUAAACAUAUUCAUCGUUAUGAGAAUAAAAAAAGAAGAAAAUCAAGGGAUAGAUCUAGAGAGAAAUAACACAAUUAAAAUGAUAGAAAAGAAAGAGAAAAAAGAAAUGAAAAUGAUAGAUCUGACAAAAAGCACAAAACAAGUAAAUCAUAAUUAAAAUCUGAAUUUCCCAGAAAAAAUUCUUAAUCUGAGGACAGUUAAAAAAAUAUCAAUGCUGGAGUAAAAAUAACAUAUUCAAAAGUUUAAAAGAAUUAAGAUGAUGUCAGAAUGAGAAAAGAAUAUUAGUAUUAAAAUGAAUUUUAUAGCAAAUCUGUAUCAUUGUCUCCACAAAAAGAAAAAAUCUCAUAAAUAAUAGAUAAUGGUGAUCAAAAUAAGAUUAUAGAAAAAAUUGAAGGCUCAUCUGUUUAAGUAUUUUAACCUUAAUAAACUUAAAUAUCCUAGCUAUGUAUUUAAACAGUUCCUCAAUAGAAUCAAAAUAAUGAAAUUAUCAUUGAAAAAAAAGAAGAAAUUGCUGAGAUAGUAAUCUAGAAGAUUAGUAAUAAAAGAGUAGUAGUAGUGAAUUAAGAUAAAUAACACCCAAUUUAAGAAACAAAUACCCCAACAUAGACUGGUUCUAUGAAAAUCAUUAAAAGCGCUUAACGCAAUAAUAAUAACUAAAAAAUAGUUAAGCAAACUUUGUAAAUUAAUUAGAGUGGUCAAGAAAAAAUUAAGGAUCGUAUCAUAAUUAAAAAUAAAUGAG